AUGGAGGUUGCGGCGGAGAGAAUCAGAUCCGUUAAGAAACUACUGCCCGAGAGGCCACACCAUCUGGCCCUUUCACUCGGCCGCAAAUAUCCAGUUCCUCCAAACUUCUGGGACCACCAGUCCCCCCUACAGUACUCCACCUUCCUAUCAGAUGCCGAUCGCGGCCUCCUUCUGACACGACCGUACUACGACAUAUGCGACGAGCCUGAAGCCCCCUUGCCCACCCGCCAGUCCACUCCCCUAGCUGGUGUCAAGAAGGCCGGGAACAAGAUGACCCUGGAGGUUUGGAAGAGCAAGAAGGUGGCAACCUCGCCGACGGAAAACGGAGUCUUGGGGGCCAAGGUGGACGACAAGAAACAGCGGGCGCCUGCGAAUGGACCCGACAAGGACGUACCGCGCAAAGAGCAGGACAAGGUAAAGCAGGCUGGCACACAACGGGAUAGCAAGGGCCCGGACGCCCGGGGUAAUGGGGACAUGGAGAGGUCUAAGAGCUCACUCUCAAAAAUCGCAUCGCGAGAUGCGCCGAGCCCGUCGUCCGAGGGCAAGAAGCGGCCAUUGGAGCAGGACGAUAGCAUGAGGCCACACAAGAAGACGAAAUCGAGCGAGCCUCAACCGUCAGAGGUGCUGCGCAAACCCCUGCGGCCAGAGACCCCGGUCAGCAGGGAACAUGUCAGGUCUGCUAGUAAAGAUGGCAGAACAGGAGUGUCUCAGUCGAACCCAAGCGGCCGCGUCGCGCCGCCAAGCUCAAAGGACCAGCCUUCUCGCGCAGUCUCGCCAAAGGUCACGGUCAACGGCACAAAGUCUCAGAGCUCUGCGUCUCGCAAUACGCUACCCCCAAAACCAGACACUUCUGGAAAACACCUUGUUCCUCCAAUUCUCUCACCUCUAAAGCUAGCGUUUGAGGACGACCUGGAGACCUGGAGCCCAAAGAAGAAGCCAGUGGACAGCCACACGACCGGAAAGUCACAAACCAAACCAUCGAGGCCAGAAGUGACAGUGAAGAAAAAGGCCCCGACGCCCGAGUUGCCACCCAUUCUUUCGCCCACGUUGCCUCCCCAGGUCGAGGAAGCACUAGCUCGAAUACAGAAGACGCAGGUGAAAGAGGAAUCGAAAGAUCCGCCGGGCCAGUCUUCGGACGCGCCAGCGAGCGCGCGCAAGACACGACCGCCAGCGGACAACUUUGAUGCGGAUGCUCGGCCAACCAAGAUUGUAACAAUUAAAUACAAGAAAGGCCUCCGCAAGAGGGUACAGGGUCUCCUCGCGCUGCCUUCGAGGCCCUGGCCGAAGGAGCGGUCGCUCAGCGCUGAGGACACACCACCACCUGCGAGCAAACGCCCACGUGCCACCGAGCCAAUUGCAAAGCCGGCAGCGAAUUCGGUUGCUACGAAACGGCCGAGAGCACCCGAGCCGACCGGGAGCAAGGCGCCGUACACACCACCCGAGCCCCCCACUACCAACAGCCUCUCUGCCCCCGGGGGCUCGCAGACGCAGACGCAGACGCCUGGGGGCAGGGUUGCCCAGACGCCGGGUGCUGGAGACGCGGCGCAGACAGGCCGUGAAGGCGCCGCCAAAGAAACACUUAGGAGGCGAUGGGACGAGUUUUGCAAGAUCGGGAAGAGACUGAAGCACAAGCGCGACAAAGAAUUCCCGGCGCCCGGGGCGGGGCCCAACGCGGGGGCGCAGUCGAGAGACUACCGCCGGGCGAUGCUCACGAUCGAGAUGAUCCUGGCGUACAUGAUUGCUUUCCGCUCGCUCAACCAGAGGUCGGAGAUCUCAGGGGCGGCGAUGGAGAUGACUUCGUGGCUCACGCUGGAGCCUCACCUGCGGGAGCUGAAGCAGAUGGCGCGACAUACGACCUCACUCCAGGCGCUCGCAUACCAGCUUCACGGCAUCGUGAUCAACGAGCUCAUCAGGGCGUUUGCCUCGAUGGGACUGCAUGGCGGUGAGCAGCUCAAACUCGGAAAAGACCAGCACAUGGCUGUGUUCCAGGCCAUGAAGAAUAACCCGAGGAUAUGGACCGAGGCCAACGACCUCCGGGGCAAGGUGUCGGACAAGAGCCUGAGGACGCCCACCAUGGGAAACUGGACGACGCCUCACAAGGCAGCAUCUGAUGCGCUCUUGGUCCUUGCGCGGUUCGCAGAGCGCGAGCAUGUCAACUGGCGUGCCGAGGUGGUCGUGCCCAACGAAGGUGUAUAG